GCAGUGGUUGAAAGUGGCCAUCAUCAUUAUCAUCAAUCAUUUGGGUUACGCAUUGGCUGCUUGCCCUGCUUCUUACUAUCAGAUUCCAGACCCAGACAGGCUCGUCAUCUUUGUCGCUCUGGCUCUGCAUCUUGUCGGGAUUAAUGUCGCGACAAGUAAGCGAGAAGCGCCGGCCGCCCAUUGGCUCGACGGUGUGCUAUGGUUUACAGGCUGAGCAUCAUUCCAUGGAGCUGAGCUCCCGAGAUGCAGCGAAAAGUGCGUCACGCAUACGUACCCCAACUUCCUCCCUAGUACAAAUCUUCCGCGUGACUUCCACAUACGCCGCUAGCAUGAGCCAGAUACCGGUGGCGAGCUCGCAUCGGAACAGGGAGGCAACUGCCUCGUCGGUAACUUGGGAGAACUAGUCUCUGAGCCAGCCUCGUAAGAUGUGUUUCAUGGUUCUGUCAACCAACGAGAGAGUUCCUAGUUCUCUCCGUUGAGGUAACCACGCAUUCUAGUAGUGCUAGGCGAAAAAUGCUCUGCCCUAAUGAGCUUGGGGGUGGUGGCCCAGAGUUGGGCGAAAGUCAUGCUUUCGUAGUAGUUUGUGAGGCCAUAAUUGCGACCUUUCCUUGCUUAGGUGGUGACCAAUCGUAAUGGGCAGGAAGACUAUAGCGCGCGAUACGGGGUAAUUACUUAGUCGUUAUCGAAUGAGGAGAGGAUGGGAGGGCAAAUAGGCCAAGGUGCAACCAAACAGGGCACACGUGGCG